AUGGAUUCCGGGCUUAACUAUCUCGAUACCGCCCCCGAUUAUGGGGGUGGCUACAGCGAAACAAUUAUCGGUAAGGCGAUCGCUGGACGGCGGGAAUCGUGUAUUGUCGCGACCAAGACGGAAGCCUAUGAUCCCGAUGGUGUCGCCACAGAUGUAGAAGGGAGCCUCCGACGACUUGGCACCGAUUAUAUUGAUGUCCUGCAAUUCCACGGUGGAUGGUUCUACGCGGGAGAUCUGGAACGGAUUCUGGACGGUGGUGGAUUGGCAGCGUAUCUCAAAUUGAGGAGGAAGGGAAGGUUCGAUUUAUCGGAUUUUCCGCAGAUGGUCCCUCUGGAGGCACAGAGCAACUGA